UGCUUUGGUCUGACGUGAAUCUGAAUAACUUCCUGUGCGAAGUCCACUAACCUAACGCAAGACUGCUGUCAAAAAGAUGAAUUUUACAGGAUUGCGUGUCUGCAGAUGAGAAUUAUACAAAUCAUGCAGGAUUCAGUCGAGUCCUUCAUAAAUGUGUUAGAGUCAUACAGAGGAAGAGAUAAAGUGAUAAGGACGCUCUGCUAUGGCUCUCAGCUGGUAGGUGGAGUUCUAGCUGGAAAGAGCUCUCAGUCUUUACUGGGGAAGAGUCUCCUGCUGUUCUCCGCUCAGUUGAGUGACUGCAGAACCACUCUCAGGCUCUUUGAUGACCUGUCCAUGCUGGCGUACUCCACCAGCUAUGGGUUAGGAGCCUCGGAGGAGGAUGCUUUGGUGCGCUGGAUGUCAAUUCUGAGUAAUGUAGCGGAUCAGUUGUAUUACCCCUGCGAGCACAUCGCCUGGGCGGCAGACGCAGAGCUCAUCAAAACCAAAUCUGACAGGUGGUGGGUGCUGAGCACAGGCCUCUGGGGUAUAUCGCUUAUCCUCAGCAUACUCAGAUCCAUUAGGUCCAUCCAGAUUCUGAAGAGAAAAGCGCAGAUGUGUCAAAGGUCAGCUUCAGCUGAGAGCAGGGAGGAAGUGUUUUCUCAGAAAGCUGUGCUCCGGAGGCAGAUCAGAGGGGAAGUGUUCAGUAUCCUGAGCAGUUUGGCAGAUCUCAGCAAUGCUAUUCACUGGAUGCCCCCUGGAUUUCUGUGGGCUGGACGGUUUCCUCCAUGGCUGGUGGGACUGAUGGGAACGACCUCCUCACUGAUAGGCCUUCUACAGAUGAGCUCCGGUGAUCAAGGAGCAUGUUCCUGAAGCAUCACUGGAUGGCUUUGCUCUUACAAAUCUUUGAUUUCAAAUCUGUUGCUAUUUGUAAUAAUUAUGCGUUGUGUAAUAAUUAAUUAUUUUGUUUAAUAAUGUGCAAUUUUAUACAGGCUAACUGAGAAAUUUGUAUUUAGGAAUUUUGUCAAAUUCUACACUGGUGAAUAAUGAAUAUAUGAAUAUAUAUAUAUAUAUAUAUAUAUAUAUAUAUAUAUAUAUAUAUAUAUAUAUAUAUAUAUAUAUAUA